UGGGUCUUGGAGGGGUCGUCUUUUCGUCUGAUGUACAUAGGAUCUCACAUGUCUGGGCCCGUCGCCCUCCCGUCUCUGGGGUAGCUUCGAUAGUCUGAAGCAGGCCUAAUAUAUUCCUCAUACAGUAAGUUAUUUCGUAUCAAGAGAUGGAUGUUUUAUUCGAAGGAGUUAUGUAUCGCCGUUGUGUUUAAGGCUUCUGAUUGUCACGACACAUUGUAUGUUAGAGGCAUCUUGCGAUACUCCUCCGUAAAAAAGGUACGAUCCUAUAAGGCGGGUUUGAUGCACCUAUGAGAUUACUGAGGUGCUUGCCUUUCUCCCCCAAAUCAUACCCCCCCAAGUUUCAUCCAGAGUUGGACUCGAUCGCCUCUACUUUAAUUUGACUGCUGUGUUACCGCCCAUCAUCGCAAGAUAUGGCUGCACUUGUGCCUCUGGACGAACUGAUACCAUUUCCCGCGGAGGUUGAUGAUACCCAUAAGGUUUAUAGAAUCGCAGCCGCAUGUAUAGCUCUCUGCAUUGUUACUACGGGCUUCGUGGUAGCGCGCCUUACACUCCGAGCUCGAUCCAAGAAUUUGGGACCGGAUGAUUAUGCCAUCAUACCAGCGACUAUAUUAUACAUCGGCUGGUCGAGUUUAGCGGCCUAUAUCAACCUGAAUGCUGGAGUCGAUAAACCACUAUGGGAAAUCACCAUAGAGGAGUAUUCAUUAUGGUACAAAGGAAUCGUAGCGACGGCAUGGCUAUACCCUAUAAUGUCAGGCACCAUUCGAGUUUCCAUCACCCUGUUCUACCUGCGCAUCUUCGGCCACGGUAACAACGUCACGACCAGGCGGAUCCUCUAUGCAUUUUUGGCCUUGCAGGGUGUCUAUGUCGUGGUCUUUUCCAUAACACCUGCUUUCGCUUGCAGACCACUCUACUACGCGUGGGACCCUCUACAGCAUCCUACACACUGCAACGACUUAUACUAUACGUACUCGACGAUCGGCCUCUACAGUGUUAGCUUAGCGUACGACGUUGUCCUGCUUGUAUUCCCAAUAUUCCCAGUUGUGAAGCUUAAUAUGGGCUGGCGAAGACGUCUUGGUAUCCUGGUAAUCUUCAUGUUGGGUGCAGCGGCUAGCAUUGCUGCUGCAUUGAAGCUGGCGUUAUUUGUGGAUGGCAUUCGAAGAUUUGUGGUUACGGACCCCGCCUUUUUCAAAUACCUAGCCUCACGCUUUAUUGCCGGGUCGUUCGAUGGUUAUGGCGAGACAUUCUGGAUACCAUCUCAAGUUGAACCUACUGUCGCCCUCAUCGGAGCAUCGCUGCCGGCACUCGGCCAUUCCAUGAGGUUAGUUGCGGGACGUGUCACAAAAGUAUGGUCUAGUUUGACAUCAACUUCCAAGACUACGACGUAUGACUCGCAAUCAAACCCACCGACAUUUGGCAGCAAGCAGGCAGCUGGCAAAGGAGGGUUUCGGCCCCUGAAUGAAUCACAGAUCGAGCUACGGGAUACAGGAAGGUUUAAAGUCGAUAGUCGCGCGCAAUCUACCGACAAUAGGAGUUAUUAUUGAUUUUUACGAGUGUGGGCAUCAUGUCAUACAGUCCUGGAAGUUGCUGUAUCAUGUAAAUCUAGCGGCUCGUUAACCGAUCCUCUGUAUUAUAAUACGACGCGUCCCACCGGUAGGGGUGAUGAGUCUUGGGCAUGGAAACGAUUUGAAGUUGUAAAUAUAAAUAAAAAAGGUACGAAAAAGGCAAUGACUAUGGGUUAACGAAGUUAUCUACAAGACAAAUACCUGUUUUCCAAACGUGUCUACUCAAUUAAUAGGUAAUAGCAUAG